UCCUAAAAAUACAAAAAUGUUGGCUCCAAUAGUAACAAAAGAUAUGAAAUUAUUUCCUUCCCAGCCGUUACCGGCACGAAUUAAAAAUGUUCGUUCUAGAGCCCAAAGUUUGCAAGAUUUUGCUAAUGGAAAUGCAAUACACGUGACUUCCUCGUCAGCAGUUUCUUCAAAUACCCAUUUAGUUAUUACAGCAAAUGCUGCUAGAGCAAGAAAUUCUCAAAGUAUUGGAAGUCUUCCAACAAAUUCAGUUCUCGCUACUUCUUUUCAAAACGCUCAAACAAACAAUGCUGUUAUGGUUAUUCCUUCUGCUAAAACGCCUCCAAAAUAUUCUACAAGUUCAGCUUCGUUACGCAAACCAUUGGAUGCAAUUGUUGAAGGUGUUGAAUUGUCAGCUCAAACUUCUUCAGUUGCCCAAGAUUCAUCAUCUAAAGAUCAAAAAACAACAAAAAUUCAAAAUAAAAAAAUUAAAAGUUCGGAUAUCCAAUCUCCAAGUAAAAGUGAAACAACAAAAACAAUUAAAACUUCAAAACCUUUUACACAUCGAUCAAGCCAUGACGAUGUUUUGUCAUCUUCUAAUAAGACUAAUACAAAAAACGAAGAGAAGAAAUCAAAGAGAACUCAAAGUGUUGAACGGGAAAGGAAGAAGAAAGAAGGUAAAAGCGGUAAUUCCUCAUCAAUAACUGGAUGUUUUGCCAUGUGGUUAAAUUCAAAGUUCCGGAAGAAUGGAGGGGGGAAUAAUGAUGGUAAUAGUAAUACUUCAACUAAAACAACACCUGAACCUUUAAUAGAUGGUGGAGGGGAAAGCACGAGUAGAUGA